GCACACACAUUGAGAGAAAUAGAGAGAGAGCGAGCGAGAGAGAGAGAGAAAGAGAGAGGAGGGGGCGAGAGAGCGACCAGAUGAGCCUCACUGAACAGCAGCAGGGUCCUGUUUCAAAAACGCACGCACGCACACACUCCUACACACACAUGCAAACCAGCAUCGGUCCGAGCCACCGGGUGCUGCCCCUCACCGCUUCGCCCAGGCGCGAAGCCCGCCGGGAGACGACGAGCAGGAGAAGCCCCCCGCCGAGAGGAGAGAAAGCAAGAGGAAGCUUGGGGGCUUCUUUUGGAAAGCGCUAGAGGAGAGAGAGCGAUCGAGAGAGCUGCUCCGAGAGAACAACAUCACAGCAUCGCAGCAGCUUGCAGAUGUGCAAGGAGCGCCGCUCAAGUUCCCGUCCUGGGUGUUUGGCCCAGUGAUUGUAGCUCAGAGGAGCAGGAGGAGGAAGAAGGGGUGCCAUGGGGGUCAUCCUCAGACAGGGUGUGAGUUGGCUCCUGCCGUUCUUCAUCCUACUGGUGAUGCGCCAUGUAUGCCCUGCCCGGGGACAAGCAUGUCCUCAACGCUGCGAGUGCGUGGCCAAACUCAAGACUGUCUCCUGCCACGGUAAGCGACUGUCUGCCCUGCCGGAUGGUAUCCCGGUGGACACCAAGAUCCUGGACCUGAGUGCAAAUAAGCUGCGUUGGGUGGAGCGAGGCGACCUGCUGUCCUUUCCCAACGUGGAGAAGCUGGAUCUCAGUGAGAAUAUGAUCAGCGUCCUGGAACCGAAUGCCUUUUCGAGUCUCCAGAGCCUACAGUCGCUUUCUCUGAAGGGGAACCAACUGAAACUGAUCCCCAUAGGGGCUUUCUCCCACCUUUCAAAUCUCACCUCUCUGGACCUAAGUGGGAAUAAACUUGUGAUUCUUUUGGAUUUUACUUUCCAAGAUCUAAAGAAUCUGAGGAACCUGGAAGUUGGAGACAAUGAUCUGGUCUAUAUCUCCAACAAGGCCUUUUUGGGUCUGGUGACACUGAGAGAGUUGACCAUCGAGAGGUGCAACUUGACUUCUGUUUCCAGUCAGUCUUUGUCGUACCUUCACAACUUGGUCACCUUGCGGCUUCGCUACCUCGGCAUCUCCACCUUAGAGGACCAGAACUUCCGUAAGCUGGGAAACCUGAGGGGCCUGGAGAUUGAUCACUGGCCCUUUUUAGAGUACAUCACCCCCCAUAGCCUCCAGGGUCUAAACUUGUCAUGGCUGUCCAUCACUCACACCAACAUCACCUCCGUGCCCACAUCGGCCCUACGAAGUCUCUCCCACCUCACCACCCUCAAUUUAUCCUUCAACCCUAUUUCGGUUCUGGAGUCCUGGUCGCUGCGAGACCUGCUCCGGUUGAAGGAGCUGCAUCUGGUCAACACCAGGAUGAUAAGAGUUCAGCCGUACGCCCUGGGUGGUCUCCGACAAAUCCGCCUGCUGAACCUCUCCGCUAACAACUUGGUGACUUUGGAGGAAGGAGCCUUCCAGUCGGUCAACACUCUGGAGACCCUACGGUUGGACGGCAACCCUCUGGCCUGCGACUGCCGCUUGCUUUGGAUCCUUCAGCGCAGGAAGACACUGAAUUUUGACAACGCCUCCCCGGUGUGUAUGACGCCCUUGGAGGUGCAGGGCCGGGCUUUGGGCGCUUUCUCCGACUCUGCUCUCUUUGAGCAUUUCACCUGCCAGAAGCCCAAAAUCCGAAACAGGAAAUUGCAGCAAAUCUCCGCUCGCGAGGGGCAGGUGGUGUCCUUCGUUUGCAGGGCGGAGGGCGAGCCCACGCCGGUGAUCUUCUGGAUAUCUCCGCAGCGGCGUCGAAUCACUACAAAGAGCAGCGGCCGCUUGACGGUGUUAAAGGAAGGCACCUUGGAAAUAAGGUACGCCCAGGUGAUGGACACCGGAACCUACAUCUGCAUUGCGAGCAACGCUGGAGGGAACGACACGUACUUUGCAACACUCACAGUCAGCGGGCUGCCGCUCGAUGCCGCCCUCAUGGCUAAUCGUACCUACUACGCCGGGGAUCUUAACGACACGAACCUGAACGACACCAAAGUUUUCCUCAAGUUCACUCUAGACCUGAAGACCAUCCUGAUCUCUACAGCAAUGGGCUGCAUCAUGUUCCUGGGGGUUGUCCUCUUCUGCUUCAUCCUGCUCUUUGUGUGGAGUCGCGGGAGAGGACAGCACAAAAAUAAUUUCUCCGUUGAAUACUCUUUCCGAAAGGUGGACGGGCCAGCCACCAGCGGAGGGCCGGGCGGUGCCCGCAAGUUCAACAUGAAGAUGAUUUGAUCUUUCUGGAGAGCAUUUACUUUUUUUUUUUUUUUAUUGCUACUGUGCUCAUCCCCGACAGCAAUUUUGGACACCUGGAAGAUGGCUGCCUUGCUUGAGAUAAAUUAAGAUGUGAAUGUUGAGAGGACACAAGUCCCCCACACACACACGCACACACUACACGAACACACACACACACACACACCGAUUGCACUUAAUUGUAUAGUGUUCUUUUGCCUAAUGCUGUUUUUAAAUGUCAAGGACAUUAAUCACUUGCUGUUUGUGCUUUUAAACAUUUAACACAUUGCCGUGACAUUUUGGGAGAAAAACAGACUUGAGUCAUACGAAACUAUGAAGAAACUGUAAGUGUGUAUAACUAAGUGUGCUUUGACAAGGCGUGAACUGACUCCCUUUUAACGGGUUUCCAUAUAGUCUGUGCAUUUUAAACAGCCAAAUAAAAUAGAACAAGAUAAGAGGGUGUGCACACUUGUGCAACCACAUUAUCUCAGUUUAUUUUUGCUUCGAUAUGUCAGUUAUUCUUUAUUAAAUCCAUUAGGUUGUAAUGGUAUCAUUUGUAAAUAAAAAAAAAAGGCAUUUGAACCUCAUAAAAUCUGUUUAGGAUAUCAAAUUCCUUUUUUUUUUUCCCAAACGUUUUUCUUUUUGGGAUGUUAUCAGUUGCCAAGUUAAUAGACAAAUCUGAAAUAUAUCAUCCCUAAAACAUUGAACUCAUUAUUUCUUAUCGCAGAAUCAAUAUUUGUAUGCAAACACGAAGAUCAAGAAUCCAGUGUUUGAUCAACAUAAAUUUAAUUUAAAUGGGAUCAUUAAUGUACACACUUGAUGUGAAGGGACUUAACCUGAAGGCAUAUAUAUCUCUCUAUCUCUGGAGCUUUCCAUUAACUUCAAACCACAUUAUGUUGCUCUGCUGCCCUCUGCUGGUUUAGAUUGUACUAGUUUGGUACAAUUUCCAUAUUACAAAUGAUUGCAUUUUCUUCAGUCUUUUGUUGAAAUCAUGAUGUAAAUAUUUGAAACAAUUGUCAUUGGAAAUUGUACUGCUGUUUUGUAUGGUGGUGUUUUUUAUAUUUAUUGAAAAAAAAACGAGUGUUCAUAAAGCAUGCGAUAUGAUGUCUUGUUAACUGAACCAUUUUUAUUGCAGUUAUUAUUAUUUUUUUAAUUUACUACACCUGCAACACUGUGAUGAUUUGUUUUCGUUUUUAAAAUAGUCUUGGUCCAGUUUUAAUAAGUCCAACUGUACAAAAAACGUCAUUUUAGAUUGAUUCACCCAAUGAGGAGAUUGGGCCUUUAAUUGUUUAUUUGUUGGGGAAAAAACUGUAUAAAAUAAAUGACACUUUGUGAGCA